AUGGGUGAGCGUGGAGAGCAGAUAGUAUCGGGUGUUAACCAUAUAGGGGCAGAGGAGGCCACCUUCCCCAUCGUCUGUGAGACCUGUCUUGGUGACAACCCAUAUGUUAGAAUGCAGAAGGAACCCAUGGGUGAUGAAUGUAAGAUAUGUGAGAGGCCCUAUACUAUGUUCCGAUGGAAAGCUGGCUCCAAGGGGAGGUACAAGCAGACCGUACUUUGCCAGAACUGUGCUAGGAUGAAAAACGUCUGCCAAGUUUGCAUCUUCGACCUGGACUUCGGGCUCCCAGUGCAGGUUCGAGAUAAGUUCCUGUCAGAGGCUGAGAAGUUAAGUCUACCCGAGUCGACUGUUGGUCGGGACUACCAGGCCCUCAACAAUUCUCAAAACGCCAAUCCAGCAUUGACCUAUGGCAAGCUAAAGCAUCAUCCUAUGCUGCAGAAGUUGGCCCGGACCGCACCGUACUACGAACGGAACCAGGCUAGGAUAUGCUCCUUCUUUGUUAAAGGCACAUGCAAUCGCGGGGAUGAAUGCCCGUAUCGUCAUGAGAUGCCUAAGCCUGAGGGAAAUGAUCUAAACGAUCAGAAUAUACGGGACAGAUAUCACGGCACUGAUGAUCCCGUGGCUAAGAAGAUNNNNAUCACAGCGCCUUCGAGUCUCGUGGGCUAA